AUUUCCUCUUUAAAUACAACGCUCCUUCCCCUCUCAUCUUCCUCAUCUUCUCCCCCAACUCCGACUCUCUCGUCUACCACUUCGUUGUCUUAGCUUCGCGAAAAUGGAGUCGAGGAGAGCGACAUUGCUCUUCGCUGCCUUCGUUGUGCUUCUUUCCCUCGUUUCUUCGGCCGAAUACUUUGAUGACCAGAAGAACUACUACACUCCCGACCCGAACACACAACCUCCGCCUGCAGUGACCACCCCGCCCAUCCACACAACACCUCCCCACGUAAGCACGCCGCCUGCCAACUGUGGCACCCCCCCGAGCCACCACCACCACACUUCACCGCCUUCCGGAGGGGGAGGAUACUACCAUUCCCCUCCCCCCACCACGCCUACGCCCUCGACUCCCACGCCAACGUAUGGGACACCACCGACCACGCCUGGCAUCACGGUGCCAUCGCCUCCGUUCUCGUUCGACCCCAACUCCCCGCCUUUCACCUGCAACUACUGGAGGAACCACCCCCAGCUGAUUUGGGGCUUGUUUGGCUGGCUCGGGACCGUGGGAGGCGCGUUCGGAGGUGGCUCUGGAACCGGUGCCGGUGCUGGUGCUGGUACAGGUACUGGAACCCCACCUAUUCCUGGGGCAAACAUGAACUUGCUCGAGGCGCUCUCGAACACACGCACAGACGGGGUCGGAGCGCUCUACAGGGAAGGCACGGCGGCUCUGCUGAACUCCGUGGCGCACACGAGGUUCCCCUACACCGCAAACCAGGUCAGGGACAGUUUCAUUAGAGGGCUGAGCUCGAACCGGGCUGCGGGAGCUCAGGCACAGCUCUUCAAGAUGGCUAAUGAGGGGAGAAUGAACCCCAGAGCUUGAAGUGUGCUACUACUCUUAUUAUGUUUAUUUCACUGUAAUGUUAGAAAAUCAUGUCAUGGUUUCUUUUUUUUAAUAUUCUAGUGAUAUUUGUUUAUGUGGUGGUGUGCUGUUUCAUAAGCAUGCCAUUUUUCAAUGAUUUUUACUCAAUUUGUGGAA